CCUUUACAUGCACACACGCAAAGAUAAAAAGGCAACGAUCAUGGCAAUCAAAAAGCCUCUCUCACUCUCUUCACUUUCACAAACUAAACCAGCCAACCACACCAACUCAUCAAUUCACAUCCUAACAUCACCUUUCCUCACUUUCUCACCCUCCUCCUUUCACAGCCAGCGAUGAGAGUUCCUCCUCCUGCAGUUUCCUCAUCAUCAUCAUCAUCCCCAAAACUGAUCACCACCACCCAAAACACCCUCCUCACCACUCCCAACCCAACAACAACCACCACAACCACCACCACCACCUUGUGCUACGAGCCCCGCUCCGUUCUCGAACUCUGCCGUAGUCCUAGCCCUGAAAAGAAACCAACUCAACAACAACUACAAGAACAAGAACACCUAGAAGUGGAAGAGGAUCAUGCUUCCUUGCCUAAUUUGGAUUGGUGGGAUUCCAUCAUGAAGGAUUUGGGUUUACAAGACGACUCUUCCACACCCAUAAUACCCCUUCUCAAAAACACUAACAACACCCACGAAAAUUCUACCCCAACACCAUGCAUCCCUGAAAUUUACCCAAACCCUUCUCAAGACCAAUUUGAUCAAACUCAAGAUUUCACUUCUCUCUCAGAUAUUUACUCUAAUAAUCAAAACCUCCCCUAUAAUUACCCAAACACAAACACUAAUCUGGAUCAUUUACUUCAUGACUUCAAUAACAACCAACACAACAACAAUAAUAACAAUAGUAACUGGGAUUUCAUUGAAGAGCUUAUUCGCGCCGCGGAUUGUUUCGAUAACAACCAUCUUCAACUAGCUCAGGCCAUAUUAGAGCGGCUCAAUCAACGGCUCCGAUCUCCCUCAGGUAAACCGUUGCACCGAGCAGCGUUUCAUUUCAAAGACGCUCUUCAGUCUCUUCUCUCCGGUUCGAACCGGACUAAUCCUCCGCGUCUUUCUUCCAUGGUGGAGAUUGUUCAGACCAUUAGAACGUUCAAGGCGUUUUCUGGAAUUUCACCGAUUCCUAUGUUUUCUAUUUUUACAACUAAUCAAGCGUUACUCGAAGCGCUUCAUGGAUCAUCGUUCAUGCAUGUUGUUGAUUUUGAAAUCGGACUUGGAAUUCAGUAUGCUUCUCUGAUGAAAGAGAUUGCUGAAAAGGCGGUUAACGGUUCGCCGCUUCUCCGUAUCACGGCGGUGGUGCCGGAGGAGUACGCGGUUGAGAGCAGGCUUAUUCGUGAGAAUCUCAACCAGUUUGCGCAUGAUCUUGGAAUUCGCGUGCAGGUUGAUUUUGUGCCGUUAAGGACUUUUGAAACGGUGUCGUUUAAGGCUGUUAGGUUCGUCGAUGGUGAGAAGUCUGCGAUUCUGUUGACGCCGGCGAUAUUCUGCCGCCUAGGAUCGGAAGGCACGGCCGCGUUUCUCUCGGAUGUUCGGAGAAUAACUCCUGGUGUGGUGGUUUUUGUGGAUGGUGAAGGAUGGACGGAAGCGGCUGCCGCGGCGUCGUUUCGACGCGGUGUUGUGAAUAGCUUGGAGUUCUACUCGAUGAUGCUGGAGUCGCUGGAUGCGUCGGUGGCGGCAGGAGGUGGAGGAGAGUGGACGCGGAGGAUCGAGAUGCUUCUUCUACGGCCGAAGAUAAUUGCGGCGGUGGAGGCUGCUGGAAGAAGAACGACACCGUGGCGAGAGGCGUUUUACGGUGCCGGAAUGAGGCCGGUGCAGUUGAGUCAGUUUGCGGAUUUUCAGGCGGAGUGUUUGCUCGCAAAGGUGCAAAUCAGAGGCUUCCACGUGGCAAAACGACAAGCUGAGUUGGUGCUUUUCUGGCAUGAGAGGGCCAUGGUCGCCACGUCAGCUUGGCGGUGUUAGAAGAAGCGUGUAGAGAAUCAAAAUAUUUAUAACAUAUAUGUAAUUUUAACUUUAAUUUAGUUUUUUUUUUGUAUUAUGUAAAACUAAAAAUAUCAAAAGGAGAAAAAAAAAUUGGGAAUUUUGUUUUAUGUGUAAUUUAGAUGAUAAAUUAGGGGGAUGGGUGUGUCUAUCUAAUUUGUUAGAAAAAGAAAGGAGCUGUGUAAGUAUGCUACACAUAGUUCAAUCUUGUAUCUUAAUUAAUUGGCCUCGUUGUAAUUUGAAUUGAAAUAUUUGAGAAAAUAAAAAGUUCUGUAUGGUGUAUUAAUAAUAUUGUAUUUUGUUUGAAAA